CUAAGUUAAUGUAGUGCCAGUCUUUCUUUAAAGAGACCAGUUUGUAAAAUGAACUGUUCCCUAAUCUUACUUGCGUGAAAUACGAGGGCAGAGGUUGAGAUCAUGAUGUGCACAUAAGAAUAGCAGUAACUUCAAUGAAGUAAGCAAAUGGGGGCACAAACAGUGAGCUGUGGUUCAUUGGGAAUUCUGCCCAGUCUCCAGCUUGUGGCAGCUCUGGGAAAGCAGCCUAAACAGUUCUUGGGGUUCUUCAGGUUAAUAACAAGAAGCAAGGGUGGAGCGCUUAAUCCUUUUAAGUGAAUGAUAAACACUGUUGAAGGCGUGUCUUCAAGCACCCUACUCCCGCUGGGCUGUAGGUCACGUGAGCUUAAAGUACUUCCCGGAUUCCCACCCUCUACCUCCUGUAGGUAAUGAUCAGAGUCUAAAAGGAGGACAGCAGAGAAGAGGUAGGAAGCUUGGAAGGAAGUUUAAAUACUGAAAGAGCAAAGUAUUUCUAACUAUAACAAUGCCACACUUUACUGUGACUAAGGUAGAGGACCCAGAGGAGGGGGCAGCAGCUUCAGUCUCUCAAGAGUCUAGUUUAGCAGAAAUAAAAGCCCGGAUUCAGGAUUUCGAUGAACUAGACCCGAGUCAGAACUCCAUCACAGGGGAACACAGCCAGCUGUUAGAUGAUGGGCAUAAGAAAGCUCGAAAUGCUUAUCUCAAUAAUUCAAAUUAUGAAGAAGGAGAUGAAUAUUUUGAUAGAAACUUGGCACUCUUUGAGGAAGAAAUGGACACCAGACCAAAGGUGUCUUCUCUCCUCAACCGCAUGGCCAACUACACUAAUUUGACACAAGGAGUAAAGGAGCAUGAAGAGGCAGAAAACAUCACGGAAGGGAAAAAGAAGCCCACCAAGACCCCCCAAAUGGGUACCUUCAUGGGUGUCUACCUCCCAUGUCUACAAAAUAUCUUUGGAGUGAUCCUCUUUCUGCGGCUUACAUGGGUAGUGGGCACAGCUGGAGUUCUUCAGGCUUUUGCGAUUGUCCUUAUCUGCUGCUGCUGUACAUUAUUAACUGCUAUCUCCAUGAGUGCCAUUGCCACUAAUGGAGUGGUACCAGCUGGGGGCUCAUACUUUAUGAUUUCCCGGGCACUGGGCCCAGAGUUUGGUGGGGCUGUUGGCCUCUGCUUUUAUCUUGGUACCACAUUUGCAGCAGCCAUGUAUAUCCUGGGUGCCAUUGAAAUCUUUCUGGUAUAUAUUGUCCCCCGGGCUGCCAUCUUUCGCAGUGAUGAUGCACUCAAGGAAUCAGCAGCCAUGCUAAAUAACAUGCGUGUCUAUGGCACAGCCUUUUUGGUCCUCAUGGUAUUGGUGGUAUUUAUCGGCGUACGCUAUGUGAACAAGUUUGCCUCUCUCUUCCUGGCCUGUGUCAUUGUGUCCAUCUUGGCCAUCUAUGCUGGAGCCAUCAAGUCUUCUUUUGCCCCUCCACACUUCCCGGUCUGCAUGCUGGGUAACCGCACCCUUUCAUCAAGACACAUUGACGUUUGCUCUAAGACUAAGGAAAUGAACAACAUGACAGUGCCAUCAAAGUUAUGGGGCUUCUUCUGUAACUCAAGUCAGUUUUUCAAUGCCACCUGUGAUGAAUACUUUGUUCACAAUAAUAUCACUUCAAUCCAGGGCAUUCCUGGAUUGGCUAGUGGUAUCAUUACAGAGAAUCUUUGGAGUAAUUAUCUACCCAAGGGAGAAAUCAUUGAAAAGGCAUCAGCCAAAUCUUCUGAUGUCUUAGGUGGCUUAAACCAUGAAUAUGUUCUUGUUGACAUCACUACCUCCUUCACUCUUCUGGUGGGAAUCUUCUUUCCUUCUGUCACAGGUAUCAUGGCUGGAUCAAACAGAUCUGGAGACCUGAAAGAUGCCCAGAAGUCUAUUCCCAUUGGUACCAUCCUUGCCAUCCUGACCACCUCCUUUGUCUAUUUAAGCAAUGUUGUCCUUUUUGGUGCAUGUAUUGAAGGAGUUGUUCUCAGAGAUAAGUUUGGGGAUGCUGUGAAAGGUAAUUUGGUGGUGGGCACCUUAUCUUGGCCAUCCCCAUGGGUGAUUGUUAUUGGCUCUUUCUUUUCAACAUGUGGGGCUGGACUUCAGAGCCUCACAGGUGCACCAAGACUGCUACAGGCUAUUGCCAAGGAUAACAUCAUACCAUUUCUGAGGGUUUUUGGCCACAGCAAAGCCAAUGGGGAACCUACCUGGGCUUUACUUUUAACUGCCGCCAUUGCAGAGCUGGGAAUCCUUAUCGCCUCUCUGGAUCUUGUGGCCCCAAUUCUUUCCAUGUUUUUUCUCAUGUGUUACCUCUUUGUGAACUUGGCAUGUGCCUUACAAACAUUACUUCGAACCCCAAACUGGAGACCCCGAUUCCGCUACUACCACUGGGCCCUCUCGUUCAUGGGAAUGAGUAUCUGUCUGGCUCUGAUGUUCAUUUCUUCCUGGUAUUAUGCCAUUGUAGCUAUGGUAAUAGCUGGUAUGAUCUACAAGUACAUUGAGUACCAAGGAGCUGAGAAAGAAUGGGGUGAUGGUAUCCGAGGGCUGUCCCUCAGUGCAGCCCGGUUUGCUUUGCUUCGGCUGGAAGAAGGACCUCCACACACUAAAAACUGGAGGCCUCAAUUGCUUGUAUUACUGAAACUAGAUGAAGACUUACAUGUCAAGCAUCCUCGCCUCCUCACAUUUGCCUCACAGCUCAAAGCAGGAAAGGGUCUUACUAUUGUGGGCUCUGUCAUCGUGGGGAACUUCCUAGAGAACUAUGGUGAAGCCUUAGCUGCUGAGCAGACUAUAAAGCACCUUAUGGAGGCAGAAAAAGUAAAAGGAUUUUGCCAGCUGGUGGUGGCAGCCAAGCUGAAAGAGGGCAUUUCCCACCUCAUCCAGUCAUGUGGCCUUGGGGGCAUGAAACACAACACCGUGGUGAUGGGCUGGCCCAAUGGCUGGCGCCAAAGUGAAGAUGCUCGCGCUUGGAAGACAUUUAUUGGCACAGUUCGAGUGACAACUGCUGCCCAUCUUGCCCUGCUAGUGGCUAAAAACGUCUCCUUCUUUCCCAGCAAUGUGGAACAGUUUUCUGAGGGCAACAUUGAUGUGUGGUGGAUUGUGCAUGAUGGGGGGAUGCUCAUGCUCUUACCCUUCCUACUGAAACAACACAAGGUGUGGCGCAAGUGCAGUAUACGUAUCUUCACAGUAGCCCAGCUAGAAGACAACAGUAUCCAGAUGAAGAAGGACCUAGCCACCUUCCUGUACCACCUACGGAUUGAGGCGGAGGUGGAAGUGGUGGAGAUGCAUGACAGUGACAUAUCAGCUUAUACUUACGAGCGCACUCUGAUGAUGGAGCAAAGGUCCCAGAUGCUCCGACACAUGCGGCUAUCCAAAACAGAGCGGGACAGAGAGGCACAGUUGGUGAAAGACCGGAACUCCAUGCUAAGAUUGACCAGCAUUGGCUCUGAUGAGGAUGAAGAGACAGAAACUUAUCAGGAGAAGGUACACAUGACUUGGACAAAAGACAAGUACAUGGCAACCCGGGGGCAAAAAGCCAAGUCAAUGGAAGGAUUCCAAGACCUGCUUAACAUGCGUCCGGACCACUCCAAUGUGAGGCGGAUGCACACAGCAGUGAAGCUUAAUGAGGUUAUAGUUAACAAGUCUCAUGAAGCAAAGCUGGUUUUGUUGAAUAUGCCAGGGCCACCCCGAAACCCUGAGGGUGAUGAAAACUACAUGGAGUUCCUAGAAGUGCUCACUGAGGGACUAGAACGAGUCCUCCUUGUCCGGGGUGGAGGCAGCGAAGUGAUCACCAUUUAUUCAUAAUCUACUCCUGAAUGACUCUGCUUGGCCUCACCUUUCCUGAAAGGCCUCCAUCCUCCAUGGAAAUGCCAGCUCUUCACUACCGCUCCCAGUCAGCUAAAGGCCUGUGUUCUACACACAUCACACUGAAAUCUUGAUUGGCUGAGCUUCAAGUACUCAUGCAAGGGUACAAAUAGAUCUAUUCUUUGAUCCCAUAUGAUGUGCAUUUCUUAAAGAAGCAGGUAUUCCUGCAACAUCAUAACAGUGAUCAAGCCCUAAAAGCCAUGUUUCACCAAAGGCAAGUUAGAAUUAACGAGCUGAGCCAAUCAAUGAAUUGGUAAAAGGGAUGCUUGAAAUUCAACUGACGACAAAAAGCAAGUAUAUAUCCAACAUUGAAGAGGAGUCUCAGAAGUCAUGGUUCCAUGAUGACAUCAUAGAGGUAACAGCCAGAAACACAGCUUCAACUUACUAAAUCGUGGCAAAGAAUAUGGGGACCUGCUAUCUUUUGGAGAUAACCUGGGGCAAGCCAAGAUGGAAACAUUUUUUUUAGCGAAUUUUCUUUAUCAUACCCACUGCUGUCCUCUAAUUUUAUAUUAGGGUACUAAUGUACAAAACCUGAAACAUGGCUGCAGCCUUUAUAUCUUCCUCAAAAGCAAGAGUCCCCCCCCCUCCCCAUACCAGGUUUAAGUAUCUAUAUUAUGUCAGUGUGUACUUCACCUGUUUUUUAUUUCUCUUAAUUCAAAAUCCAUUCUGUGGUUGUAACACAGCCUAUGUUACCAUGGAAAUUGUUUUUUAAAAGGUUGACAUUUCUUUCAGGUUCUUUUCAAAAUGGCUGAACUAAGGGAAUUUCAAAAGGAAGCUAUUAAGAUAUACUGAAAUACAGUCUUUGGUUCUCUAUGCAACAUGGACAAAACAUACAAACUGUUAUCUAAGAAAUAUAGGUCAUGAUGCACAUUGACUGUAAGUUCUCCUUUCCUUCUUUUUGCCCUCUGAGUUCGGAGGUACAGGUCAAAAGUUCAUAAAGAACAAACAGUAGCAAGACUGGACAAAAUCCUUCCCUGAAGGCUUUGGACUAUCUUUUAAAAGGGGAAUCUAGCAAUGGAAUUGAAAGUUCUAGAGCCAUACUCUUCUCCAUAGUGCCAAAGUUAUCGAGCUGCUACUCCCUACCUACUUUACUAAAGUGGCAUAUAGAUUAGUAUUGGCCUGAUUCAAGAAACUUCUCCUUUACUAAGAAACCUGUGGCCUCAUCUCCAAAGCCAUAGUUAAGACGAGGCACUCAAUGCCCAAAGUCUGAUCAUUUCCCCUUUUCCUUUCAAUUUUAUUCUUCAUUCGGACUGCAAAAACUUGGCUCUGAACGGUCUUCCAUUAUAUUGAUGUUGUUUCCAGAAAGCUCAAAAUGUGCCAAGGAAAUCCUUUUGCAAGCUUAGCUUAUUUACUAAUUUACAGAUCACAAAACAUCUGGCUUACAAGCAUAAGGAAAAUACUGUGUGGCUGUGUAGUAAUUUCAAGUUCGUGAAAUAUUCAUUUCUUUUACAGGAUAAGUAUUUAGAGAAACUGUCCUCUUGCAUAUAUUCACAGUUGGUUUUGAAUUUCACUUAUGACAAAUAGUGCAGUCCUUCUUGAAUUCCCUAAAAGGAUAAGGAACAAGCUGACCUAAGUGCCACAAACUCUUCAUUUGACCUGUAAGGACAGAGAAGAAAACCUUUCUAUUUGGCUUAAGAAAUUGAGUCAUUUUGAUUUGCUCCCUUUGUUAACAUCAAUCUCCAAGCCCACUCAGGGUGGUAAAGAAGAUGGGAUCUUGUCUUUUUUUCUCCUCCUUUCUGUAACAGGUAGAAGCAUUGUUUACAACUCCCACUGCAACACUCCAUUGCUUAGUUGAGUACACCCAUGGUGGGUCAGGUCUUGUAGGACCUAACAUCUUAAAAACCCCCCAGUAUAAAAGUGAGCAUGCCCAGAAUUCCCUGACACGUGGAACACACCUCUGGCCAAAAUGAUGUAUUUUUUCUAUAUGGAACAAAUACAGACAGAAAACAAGGUUAGUUUUAGAAGUGCUGUUUGUGGUUGGAACUUUGUAAAAAUCUUUUAAAGAGACUAAUUCAGUCCCUAAAACACAAAAUUACUGUUACAUGGAAAAAUUAGGCAAGAUUUAUAUCUCUGUCUAGAACAUUUCAUGUCUACGUGUGUUGCUUAUGUUAUUUCCAAAGUGUCUCGUCUCUUUUAAUCACUGCAAAUAAAGCAAUACUGAAAACUUGAUAAAAGAGAAUGCACCUUAGGGGAAGGGGCUUUGUUUCGAGAGGGAAAAGAAAAGAAAGACCUCCUCCUGCCUUUUGAGUAAGAUUGAGCUUUUAAAUCUUACAUAUGACUUUACCAGGGCAGGUUAUAAUAAUAUACAUUCUCCAACUAUGGGCCCUCUGCCUUCCAUAGUUACCUUAAAAGCUGAAAUUUGAACUGUAGCACCUGCUUGACAGGUGCCAGGUUCCUCUUGGCAGAGGAAGGAUCACUAUGUAACUAACUUUGCCUCAGAUUCCUGUGGCCCCAAGGAUCCCACCAAUCCUCAUUCCCCCAAACAUGUUAAAAACCCUUUAUUGUGGGUAUUAAAAUAACAUUUACACUGUAAGCGUAUUUAUGUGCUCUUUUUGUCUGGUUUAUUUUUCUCUUCAUCAUGUAAAAUUUAAAUCCAGCAUUAGUUUCUCACAUCUUCCACAAGUGUCUCCAAUGGAAUUUUUAUGUCCCAGCUUAUAUUAAAUAGAAGUGAAAUAUUAAGGAAAGUAGACUUAAGGGAAACUUGUGCAACUUUUUUUUAAAGCAUUAUUCUCAACCAUUUAAUUUAUUGAAAGGAGAUGCUGCUAUAGUUCUUGAUUUAGCAGCCACUAUUCUUUUGUUUACAUAGAGUUACGGUUUUAUUUGUUGUUUUGCUCUGUACUGGAAACAUAAAUAAAGUUUUCUACAUUAUUUUCA